GCGGGCGAGAGCGGGCGGCCGGCCGUGCACCUGCCUCGCGAACCGCGCGACGUGCUCAAUCGCGACGCACUAACACAUCGUAAACACAAAACAUUUCGAACUCAGUUCAGAACUCAAUGUUAAUUUAAAUUGCAAAUUUAUUUUAAUUUUCAAAAAUAGACAGUGAACAAAAAACGGACUAAAGUGAAGAAGUUUUACUGAUAAAGACGCUGAAAUUUAACGGAGUGACCAAUUCGCCGGAAUCUGAAGAUCGCCACUUGGUGCGGUUAGAUUAGAUAGGAGACGCUUGUCAAAGUGUUGAUAACACCUAUGACCAGUAAAUUUUGGCAAGCGAACCAUUGGCCGAGUCAUAAACUGAUUGGAUACAUCAUGAAGAGGAAAAAGUAAACUUGGAAUGUUAGAUUUAACAGUUGUGAUGGAAAAUUCAGGAAGAUGACUAAACAUGUUCAGGGAUUUAUCCGUCGGACUUUUAAAUAAAUUUGUGAUGAGUAUUUAUCUGUUAUCAAAAACGUUUUGAGACGAUAACCGCUGGACCGCCGGCGGCACGUGUGAAGUGAGCUAAGAACUGUCGACUGAUAAUAAAACAUUAAGAUAAAGAUUUCGGCGGAUAAGAAGAAAUUGUUCAAGAACUAAAAAUAGGUGACCAAAUCAAGAUGAGAAUCAAAAUGCCAGCUGUACGCAUCGCGCAAGCGGAUGCGGACAGCGCGGCAGAGGGUGGCGGGUCCCCCACUCCUGGGGUGCCAGCAGACACCCUGACCUGCGGAGCUUGCAGGAGAGCCUUCGCGCUGGCGGACAUCGUCCGCUUCAUCCAGCACAAGAUCUCCGCUUGCGAUAAGGACCUCACCUCGUACCAUUGUUAUAGUGCAGGUCCGAACUCCGACCCAGAAGACGGCUCCAGACCUGGCCAGGUUUCCACUGGCAGUUCAACGGGGCGGAGGCCGUCGCUCCUCACUGCUCGGAGACCUCCCAGCAGUAGGGUGCACACCCCUCCUCUGGCAAGCCCUUCGAUAGCGCCCCCUGACCUUCUGGAAGAUGGAGGAGCUUCGAGCACGCCGAAGAGGUUAUUAGAUGACGCUGACAAUGAGACGUCAACGCCCAAAAGAAGAGCAUCGACGUCGCCGAUGCCUUCGAGCUCCCCUGAUGUAGACAUCAAGCCUAAAAUCAAGCAGGAACACAUGGACACGUCCAGCUCUCCUGAAGACCAGAAAAAAUCUAGGACAGAAGUAGCUGAUGCGGAAUCCAACACAAUGCAUAGUGAACCGAGCAACUACGUGUGUUCCACGUGCAAAGCGAAAGUGCACUCCGCGUGGAGACUCCUCCAGCACGUGCAGCACGUGCACGGCGUCAAGAUCUACGUAGAAGCGCUGCCGCAGCAGCCCAAGCAGAACCACUCCUCAUCGAGCACAUCUUCAACCAGCUCGUGCUCCUCAACGGGAGCCCCGUUACCACCACCAACAUUGCGGCACCAUCCGCUUCUUCCACCACCAGAUAUGCAUUCCCCAUUUGGAGUCGGUGGACUCCUCCGAAUGCCUCUACCUGGCAGUCUCCCACCUCUAGCUCACCCAUCUGUCCCACCCGCGCCUUUGUUCGCGCGACCCAACCACCACGACCAUAGAUUUCGCAUGGAACAGCUUGUAUCCGAGCAAUUUCGCCACCAUGGUCUCAACCUGGCCGCUGCUGCAGCGGCUGUGGCAGCCAACUCGCUGCCACCCCACCAACCAUUCCCCUCACCAGCUGACCGACCACCUGUAAUACCCACUUCAGUGUCCGGUCGAGAUAGAGUUCCACCAGUCUCACAACCCCUCUCACUUGAACCCCAGCUGGAUUUUUACUCGCAGCGCUUGCGGCAACUGGCCGGUACGACCAGUCCAGGGGCGGCCACAGGCAAUUCGAGCUCUCCUAGCCCCAGGAAGCAUUCGCCGCCGUUCGCUUCCCCGUCGCCCUCCCGAGUCGGCCAGACUCCACCGGCGGGCGCCGGACCCGGAACGGUGGAUACGCCCCGCGAGGCGACGCGGCCGCACAGUUCGACUUCACCUGAGCGGCGCAUAGAGCCAAUGGCGGCAGACGCACCACCUCCAGAGCGACCUUCAUCGACACCCCCAAAACGCAAUAGCGAUGAAGCAGUCCACAGCUGUGAGUUCUGCGGUAAGAAAUUCAGAUUUGAGAACAACUUGAUGGUACACCGUCGGUCACAUACAGGUGAACGACCCUUUAAAUGUUCGGAGUGCGAUGAGGCUUUCGAAAAAGCCUCAAAAUUAAAAAAGCACAUGAAAGUACAUCGAAGAGCCGAUGUGAAAUCUGAGGAGGGUGAAUCAGGCGGUGACACUGCCGAAGAUGACUCCGAAGAUGAGUUGGAGGAUGAGGAACUUGACGGUGAGGAAGAGGAAGAUAAUGAAGAUGGCGAUGAUGUAGAAGAGGCUGAAGAUUUGACAGUGUCGAAUAGCAGCGCUCCCUCAGCGCCGACACGAAAGCAAACUCCUGCUUUGCCCGCUCACCCACCUACGGCUUCUGUAGUUGGUGAGCUUAUGGACAAAUUCGGUCUUUCGAAUAUCGCUCAAUACAGUGAAGCUUUCAAACAAGCUCUUCAAGAAUCGGGAAACUCACUAAAGUGGCAAUUGGCAAAGGACAGAGAUAACAACAACGGUCCUCCCGGUGACAAACCCAAUGGCAUGCCUCCUACAGCAGCCUUGCGUUUGAAGGAAGAGUUUGCAAAGAUGCCUCCCCAGCCACAUCCUUUGUUUAACCCUUUUGAGAACCCGUUUGAAGCUUCCAAGCGAAUGAAAUUAGAUAUGGAACGGGGUGAGGGCUGGUGGCUGCCAACUUUACAUGCUCAGCGACCACCCGAAAACAUUUUUGACGGGUUGAAAAACAGUGGUAACGGUUUACUCCAAAAUCCGCUGUUGAAGUCAAAAGAUAGUCGCAGGAACGAUACUUGCGAAUUCUGCGGCAAAGUAUUCAAGAACUGCUCAAACUUGACCGUCCACCGGCGAUCACAUACUGGCGAGAAACCGUACAAAUGCGAGUUAUGUUCCUAUGCAUGCGCUCAGAGCUCGAAGCUGACUCGCCACAUGAAAACACACGGACGGCUAGGCAAAGACGUGUACCGAUGCCGGUUCUGCGAGAUGCCCUUCUCCGUGCCCUCGACUCUCGAGAAGCACAUGCGGAAGUGUGUUGUGAAUCAAACUAAUGGUGCUCCAUUAGCAUUAUCCGAUGACUCAAACGCUUGCCGUGACGAGGCGUCGUGACUCUACCCGUGGGGUGGCCUGCCACUGCCACCGCCCGCGCCGCCCAGUCAGAUAUUCUAAGACCUAACUUAGCUCCAUUCGAUUACAAUUCAGGUCAAACUUUGUUCAACAUCUAGUCUUAAGAAUGAAUUAGUUGGCGAUAAUUUGACGGCAAUAUACGCCCAAACGAUAGCACCGAAGGGCAUUAUUAACAUAUCUUUCGUGUAAAGUUGAUGUUCCAUUGUUAAUGUUGAUUUGACGAUUUUGUUUUAUUUCCGAGGCUGUAUAUCGCAUCUCGACGUUAUUCCGAUAUUGUUUUGACAUGUUUUUAUUUAUAGAAAGAAUUGUGGAAACCAAUGCCAAAGUUAGCUAUGUUGAUUUAACAUGAUUUAGUUUUAAGCUGUAUAGUGUCAAUUAAACAUAAUUUUUCCAGUAAUUACUAGGCUCUUCAUAGUUCGAUGUAGUUCGUGGUUCGGAGUAAGUUGUUUCGUAAUUUUAGAAUAUUAUGUAAUAUAUGAUAAGCAAAAUGUUUCCUAUCCUAGAUAAUGAACUUGUGUAAAUAUUAUUCUAAGUGUAUGUGUGUAAAUGAGUACCUACCUAUCGAUGUUCAUAUUUAUAAACAAUGAUUCGCAAAUUAUAAAAAAAUAAUGGAAAAACGGUGAGUUUCCUGUAAUCGAUAAAUAAAUAAGCAUUGUAGAAAGCAAAAUUGGAAUCAAUCUACAGGUAGGUGUUAUUGGUAUGGUAAUGAUGAGGUACUUCUUAUAUUAAUUAGUGUUUAAAUUAAAAACUAAAUAAUAUCUUGUGAGAUGUUCGAUCCUCAUUUCUAUGCUUUUGUUUCUUAUGAAAAAGAGCUAGUUAUUUUUUAAGACUGAAAAUAAAUUCCAGUUUUGUUUUAAAUUAAUGUUUUUCAUGUGAUUCUUGAUUCGUGGAGGAAAAUUCACUCGUACCUAAAUUUAGUCCAAGCGUGAAAUCUUUCAGUAUACGUACUUAAUGUAAAUUAUAAUAGAAUUUAUAUUAGAUAAUUAUAAGUAAAUUAUAAUAUCACAUUUUGUCGUCCAUCAGUCUCCUAAAUGAAUUCUGUUCUGUUUUAAAUAAUUUAGGUCUCCUUCAGACGAUGUACUGAGUUCGUCGAACUAUGUUUGAGGGAAAUUGAACUUUAUGUCGUCUGGACAAGACCUUGUACUAGCGGAAUAACCUCCGUUAAAAUUCAAACAGUAAUUUAUAAAUUUUGUUUAAAUUUAAAAAUAACUGUUUGAUUGUAAAUCUUACCUUUCUCCCUGUGUUUUAUGUGUAUCAUUGUAAUAUAAUUAGAAUGUCAAAGUAAUAUAUUCCAUUAAAAUAAAAUGUAAAAAUAAAUAAUAUUUGUUGUGAGAUCUCUGUUCCUUGUUGUUGUUUCCAAUCGACAGAAUUUCACAAUUAUUCCUUUAGUGAUGACGAAAUUUACCUGUAAUGGGUAAAUUAAUUUACAAAAUUAUACGUAAGGACGACGAAUGGGGACAAAAUAGCGAAACAAACAAAUCUAAGACAAAUUUUAUUGUGUAACGUGAAAGAUGAACUGUUUUUAUUAUUUUUCAUUUUUAUUAUUUUUAUUUCAAUAAAUAUCCACGAUUUGUUAAUCA